GAGUGUCACUCAACGGGCAGGUUUCCUAGUGGCUUCCAGUCAUCACUAGUGGAGUACCGCAAGGAUACCAGUGCUGGGAAUCAUUUUCUUUAUAUACAUCGACAAUCUAGAAACAGGACUGAAAUCCUCCUUACUGGAGUUUGCUGACGACACCAAACAGCGCUUGGAUCGUUGUCAAAAUGAAGCGGUGGGCAGGUCGUGUAGCACUAGUGACGGGGGCCAGCGCGGGGAUCGGUACCAGCGUGGCUCGAAGGCUGGUGGCUGAAGGCAUGAAGGUCGUGGCCGUCGCUCGUAGGAUUGAUAGAUUGCAGGCAAUGGGGAACGAGCUCAAGGGUAAGCCGGGCACGCUAAUCCCCAUUAAGUGUGACCUCACCAAGGACGAUCAGGUGUUGAGCAUGUUCGCACAGAUCAAACGGGACCUGGGGGGCGUCGACGUCUGUGUCAACAAUGCAGGAUUUGCUAUUCCUAACGAUCUGCUGAAGGGAAGCCCCAAGGAGUGGCGUGAAAUGCUGGACCUCAACGUAGUGGCUCUGUGCCUGUGCACGCGGGAGGCAGUGGCCUCCAUGCGGGAACGCGGCGUUGACGACGGACACAUAUUUCACAUCAACAGCCUUGGCGGUCAUUGUGUGCCCAAUAAUGCGAGUUUCAGCUUCUACUGUGGCACCAAGCACAUGGUGACCAUGCUCACCGAAGCCCUGCGGCGCGAAUUGAAGAAUAGCAACAUCAGGAUAACGAGCAUCAGCCCCGGUGUGGUGGAAACGGAGUUCGCCAUAAAUGCGGGUUUCAGCGAAGAGAUGUCCAAGCAGUUUUAUAGUAAUAUGCCAAGCAUACAGUCGGAUGACGUCACCGACAUGCUCAUCCACGUGUUGUCUGCACCACCACAUGUGCAGGUCCAUGAAUUGAUAGUGAUUCCUACGAAGGCGGAUUGAGAGCUGCCAACGAGGUUGCUGACUGGCUUCUUGGCUGACUACCUAUAACUCCGGCUCAACUAAACGUGCGGUUGUGGGCGGGUUCAGCGUAUGGGAUCCCAUGUACAGCGGUGCCGCGCGUCUCCUAGCCAUCGAUGUAGAAAUGUUCUAAUAUAAGUAAAACCAUGGAAAAUAUGAUCAGCAAAUAUGCAUACACAAUUAAUCAUAGUAUUAUAACGUAUGAAAGAACAGUUAACUUAUUAUGGAUAAGAUAUUUAUAAGCAUAUAAAGAAACGUGGCAUACAUAUUUUACAGUAUUGCUAAAAAAAUGCUAUACUUAUUAUUGAGUUUCCCUUACGUUUUGAGAUGGGUAAGUAGUUUCACAAUUAUAUUUAGAUUAUAUCGUGGAGGAAUGUACGUUAAAAUAAGCUGAUGAAAAAAAAACAUUCAAAUCCUUGUGACGGUAACACUCCUGGGCAUCACCCAGACACUCCCGGCAUCCACACAGGUGGAGAGAUUUUUUGUUAGUAUAAUUUCCCACAAUUUCUGUAUUAUAACACAAUAAAUCAGGUUGAAUAAACGAGAGAGAGAGAGAGAGAGAGAGAGAGAGAGAGAGAGAGAGAGAAUACAAAAGAA